AUGAAGAACUUGAGACCAAUCCUCAUCGGUAUCUUUGCUAUUGUCUCUUUCCUCUCUUUUGGUGUAGACGCCACACAAUACACCCGCUUCGAAGACCUCCCCAAAUGCGGUCAGAAAUGCCUCUCAGAUUCAAUUGAACACGCGCUCAAGACCGCCGACUGUGGUACCAGCCUGUACUGUGCCUGUCGAUCACAACAAUACAGCGAGUGGAUAUACAGCUGUCUUGGAAAGAACAAGCCCUGCGACGAGCGCGCAAAGCUCAAUGAUGUGCUGCUGUACAAUAUCCAGUACUACUGCAAUGAGACUUCAGAUCAGCGCGUUCGUUAUACCGUCAAGGUGGCUGGAGCCGAGAAGACUUUGACUAUGGACGGUAGAGAUGCUACCAGUACAUCGCAUGCGCUGACAGGUGCCACUUCGACCAUGACCACUGGAAAGGACCAUCCCACGACCACGUCAGGUAUACCAACCGGAACCUCGCACACCAGUGAUGGAGAGUCGACCAGCAAAUCAAAUCUACCGUCUCCGAGUGCGGCCGGGAACGCGUCGUCCACCUCUUCACAUUCGUCUUCGACAAGCACCACUACCAACAGCAGUACCUUUUCAUCAGAACCUACCAUUUCCAGCAGUAUCCUCACAUCUCAGACAGAAUCCGUUCCACCAGGCAUGACAGUGGUUGACGCAAACACAACCAUCAUGGGUCACACCGUUACCGCGAAAGCCACGACACUCGUCACCGCCACUGUCAAUAGUGGAACUGGACCAUGUCAAAUCGAAGCUCUUCGACGUGGUCUUCAUGAGAACUUGCACGCCAUGGUUGGUCUCAGCAUUGCUUUGCUAUCGGGUUUUAUUCUGUUCCUGUUCAUUGUUGGUUGA